AUGAUAAAACUAAGUCAUUUUAAUAAAGCUCAACAGUUAUAUAACGUACUGCUUGAACAGAUAACUGAUGAAAAUGAAGAAGCACAUUUAUAUCAUAUGCUUGGCUUAAUUAAUGAUGAACAAGGACUAUAUUCUGAAGCUAUUGACUUUUAUAAACAAUCAAUUGAAAUCAAGCAGAAAAUUCUCUCUCCAACCGACUCAAAUUUAUUUGUUUCUUACAACAAUAUAGGUUUGGUGUACGAUAAAAUAGGGGAGUACGCAAAAGCACUUUCAUUUCUUGAAAAAGUUCUUGAAAUCGAAAGAGAAAAUGGUUCUUCAGAUCAUUCAAACGUCGAUGUUACUUACAAUAACAUCGCUUUAGUCUAUAAUAAAAUGCGAGAAUACGCGAAAGCUCUUUACUUUUUUGGACGCGCUCUUGAAAUUGAUAGAGAAAUUCUUCCACCAAAUCAUCCAACUUUGGUGGGUGAGCAUGCGAAAGCACUUCUAGUUUUUGAAAAAGCACUUGAAAUUCAUCAAAACAUAUUGCCACCAAAUCAUUCUGGUUGGGAUAUACUUUACAAGAUCAAUAGAAACGUGUACUAUAGUAGAGGUGAAUACUCAGAAGCACUUUCGUUUUAUGAAAAAGCAUUUGAAAUUAAUAAGAAAAUACUUCCUCCAAAUCAUCCUAGUUUGGCUGGUACUUACAGAAACAUCGUUUCAGUGUAUUCCCAAACGAGUGAAUAUUCGAAAGCUCUUUCAUUAUGUGAAACAGCACUUGGAAUUUAUCAAAAAUCUCUUCCGUCACAUCAUCCAGAAUUGACUACUUCUUAUAACGACAUCGGCUUGGUGUAUACAAAGAUGGCUCAUCGCUCGAAAGCUCUUCCGUAUUAUAAAAAAGCACUUGAAAUUCGUCUAAAAGCUUUUCCACCAGAUCAUCCUCAUAUCACUAUUUCUUACAAUAACAUCAGGGGAGUUUACCAUUAUCAGGGCGAGUACUCCUAA